AUGGCACAACCGGUAGAACAAUGGAUCACUGAUAUUCCACCCGUCACUAGGACUUGGGUUGUUUUGGCGGUUGCUACUAGUGUUUUAGUUGAAUGUCAAGCUAUAGCACCUAUACAAUUGUAUUUCUCUUGGAAACAGGCUAUAAUGAAGAUGCAAAUAUGGCGUUUCGCAACCACUUUCUUCUAUUUCGGUCCACUAUCAUUAGAUCUAGCAUUUCAUCUUUUCUUCCUGAUGAGAUAUUCUCGGUUAUUAGAGGAAAAUUCUUUUUCUUCUAGGAAAGCAGAUUACGUUUGGUUAUUAUGUCUCUGUGCUACUUUUCUGUUGGUCAUCUCUCCUCUUUUAACACUCCCAUUCCUUUCUUCUUCCUUGGCGUUCGCUCUUGUAUACAUUUGGUCAAGAAGGAAUCCAUCUAUAAAAAUGUCUUUAUUCGGGGUGGUUACUAUAACAGCUCCAUACCUCCCAAUCUGUCUAGUAGGUUUCAGUUGGUUAUUACAAGGUGGUUUCCAAGCUGCCGUCGGUGAUCUUGUCGGAAUGUUAGCUGGACAUACUUAUGUCUUCUUACAAGAUUAUUGGCCUAGGGAAAUGUGGAGUAAAACUGGUGAACCAGAAGUUUCGACACCUGCUUUUGUGUGA